AUUUCCAUAAUUGUCCCUCUUUUUUGUGUCAGUUGGUGUGCCGAGAGAAAAUUAAGGUAUCUACCUGAAAAAGUAGGCUUGUGAUACCAGUCAAAUUCUAAACGUGUGUUCGCCUUGCUAAGUAACAUCUAAGAAAUUGAUACUCACCCCCCUAUUUCCAUUGUGAAUUGAAGACGAGAGUGAAAUGAGUUGAAGAUCGAUAAGGUAAAAUCAAUUGAAUUCUUCGGUACAGCUGACACAAUAUUGUCAACAUAUUUGAAGUAGAACGGUAAACGUAUUCUGAUUUUCUUCAGAGCCUUAAGCCCAAAUCACACUAGCGAUUGCCGAUUGCCGAUUGCGAUUGACGAUUGGCGAUUACUUUUCAACCAAUCAGAGCAAAGCAGUCGCCAAUUGAGAUUAGCGAUUGCCGUUUAGAAAGCGCUCUAUUUUAUAAUCGUCAAUCGCCAUCGGCAACCAAUCGUAGCCAAUAAAAUAAUCACGUGAUUAUUAUAACCUAACAGAAUCAGUAAAGUACUUGUGCCCAUGGUGGACGUCUGUCGUAUCGUACGGAAAGCACUUUAAUUAUUAAAAUUUUAACUCUAAUUAUCAUAACAAUUAGUAAUGAUCAAGGUCCACACUUGUGUUCUUGAUGGACGCCCUUGGUGGACGCCUGUGCCAUAACUGUCAUAUCGUAAGAAAAACACUCUAUCUCCCAUCCGGGAGUACCAAAGUGAUAAUCGAACAUUCACAGUCAAAUGUAUUUUGGCAAUUGACUCAAGUGUAUUUAUUUACAAUAUUCAUAAUGCCACCAAAGAAGCAAGCAAUUAGUACUGAUCAAGAAAUUUUAUUAAUUGAUGCUGUAGAAAAUAGACCGCAUUUGUGGGAUGUUUCUCAUCCAAUGUACAAGCGAACAGACUUGAAAGAAACUCUGUGGCAAGAGGUAGCAGAUAUCGUAGGUCCACAUGCAAUAGCUGAAAUAGUUCGUGAAAGAUUUAUCAAUAUGAGAACUACGUUUAUGAAUAACGAAAAAAGAAUAAGGGAGUCAAAACAAAGAUGCAAUGGAAAAGGUACUGAUGAGAUCUACAAACCUAAGUGGCCAUUCUACACAAGUCUGCUGUUCUUAAAGAAAGCCUGUGUACAAACGGAAAGUUCAUCAAAUCUUGAUGUACUUGAAGACAAUCAAGCUGAUAGCGAAGAAAGAAACAAUAAUCUUGUAAAUUCAAUUAGAAGCAAUAUAUAUUUUGAUAAAAAUUUAGAGAAAUGGGUAUUGAUACCACCUGAUACGAAUGCAUCUUUACAUGCUUCACAUCAAGAUGACAGCCAAACAGGUUUCAAUCAGUCUUCAAUUGAAACAGUUGGAUUUUCCACUACAUCAUCAUUGUCAUCUGAAGGAUUUGGAUGUGACUUAGAAAAUUUUGAACCUGUUUCUGAGAAUUUAACUUUUGUGAUUAAAAAAAGAACGCGAUUAGAUAACGAUCCAGUUUACGUAAAACGUGGGGCAAUGAAGAAAAAGUCGUGUGUUAUGGAAGAAGCAGUAGAAGUAUUAAAAAAAAAUAAGUAGUGAGAAAAUGCCACAAAUUCAGCAAUAAAAGCCUCAUCAUACUACUGAUGCUUGUGAACAUCUGGGUUUAUAGUAUAUAUUGCUGCUCGAUUAAGAGAAACCAGAAUACGUUUGCAUUGUGAAACAAAGAUUAUGACAAUUCUCACUACUUUUGCAAGUACCGAAACACAAGAGUAAAUAAUACAUCAUGAGUGCUAUAGUUCUGCUGUUUUUGCUCAAUUUUAUUUGAUUCAAUUUUCUGUUU